AUGGAGACUUGCUCCUCCCCAGCGGCAAGGAAGAUUCGAGAGUUGAAGACUCAGCUCCAGGCACUCAAGCAGAAGCAAGCCUGCAAGUACGCCAAAGUGGAACGUGUGGAGAAGAAGCGCAGGAGCACCCAGCAGGUGGGCCCGGUGGCCAAGAGACGCGAGCGCAAGGCAGUCUACGACAACUCCGAGUCUCUGCCAGUGCCGGUACCGGCGGAGUUGCGCAGGCGCAAACCUGCGGACGAAAGCCUGACCAAGACCCUCAGCAACGAUAGCGAAGCGAUUGAGUGGCUCGUGAAUAAGGGCUUCCUGCCUAGAGAACCGUUGUGUCAGACUUGCAACAGCCGCGAUGUGACCAUGAUCCCCGCCACGGCUGACCACUUCUUGGGUGUCCUCAGACACGUUGAAGCUUCCGAAGGCCUGAAAUGGUCUUCAGAGGUCUCUCUGAAAGGUGCAGUCGAAGUCGACGGUACUUCCUUAGGAAAGUUCUACGUUUCAAAGACUUGCAACAGGUUUGCCCCGCAAGUUGCUGCACUCACUCGCAAGAUGCAACGUGCAGGCAAACCUCUGCCCAAGGCCUUCGUUGUGCACUUUCAAGUUUUGGGGGCACGAGAACGUGGGCAGCCCCCUGUUCUCUUUGUGCCUGAACCCUCGCUGACCGUUCCGGGGUCCCGGCCUCCCACAGAAAGCCUUGAGGCCAUCAACCAGUCGGGAUUGCUCACGCUGGUCAGCAAGCCCGAGGCUACCGUCAUAUUCAGUGAUGGAAACGUGGCAUGGCAAAGUGCCGCCAAAAAGAUGCGGUUGAAAAAUGCCGCGGUCAAUCAUCAGAACAAACAGUGGACGAAGCAUGUCCCCCGGCACCUUGGCAAAGCCAGGUCUGUGAGCAGACUUGCCGGCACGCAGUGCAUCGAUCGAAGCUGGCUGGGCCUGAAGACAUUCAUAGGCAACAAGGUCUCGCGCAAAAGCGGUCGUGGCCAGAAUGCCUGCGAAAGCAAUUUGGUUCGGCAGCUCGUGCACCAGUACAUGUACAGGCAAAGCAAAGGCCCGUGUUCUCCUGCAGAGUUCUUGCUGCACUUGGGAAGCAGCUUUCGAGCGAUGCAGGACUAG